CUUUUCUUUGCAAGGAAUGGACGAACGUUAAGUUGUUGGUUCCCGCGACCUUUUCGUUGUUGUCGAAAAUUUCCACAAACUCAAGCCUCCAAACAUGUCCAGCAAUAAACUGCUUCAGGUCUUGCGAUUGGCACCUUCGUCAAGGUUGGCAGUCCGCUCGCUUUGGACUGGGAAGUCACCUCUCUCGGAAUCGGACCCUGAGUUGUAUGGCAUCAUCAAAAAUGAGAAAAAGCGGCAGGUUGAAGGACUCGAGUUGAUUGCCUCGGAGAACUUUGCCAGUCAGGCUGUGAUGGAGGCUCUAGGAUCAUGCUUGACCAACAAGUAUUCCGAGGGAUAUCCGGGCGCAAGAUACUACGGAGGCAACGAGUUUAUUGACCAAGUGGAGAGAUUGUGUCAGCAGCGUUCCCUCGAAGCGUAUCGUCUUGACCCUGCAAAGUGGGGCGUGAACGUCCAGCCAUACUCUGGCUCUCCCGCAAAUUUUGAGGUGUUUACUGGCAUCUUGAAGCCUCAUGAUAGGAUCAUGGGACUGGACCUUCCUGAUGGCGGACAUUUGACCCAUGGGUUCCAGACAGAUGCUAAGAGGAUCUCUGCCACUUCAAUAUUCUUCGAGUCCAUGCCAUAUAGACUGGACCCAAAGACUGGGUAUAUAGACUAUGACAAGAUGCACGAGACUGCGAAGCUAUUCCGUCCAAAGUGCCUCAUUGCUGGCACAACAGCUUAUUCCCGACUUCUGGACUACAAAAGAUAUAGACAGAUCUGUGAUGAUGUUGGUGCUGUGAUGCUGGCGGACAUGGCUCAUAUAUCAGGGCUUGUGGCAGCGGGCAUUAUACCCUCGCCAUUUGAAUAUGCUGACAUCGUCACUUCCACCACCCAUAAAACGCUCAGGGGACCCAGGGCUGGUGUAAUCUUCUAUCGCAAGGGCGUCAAGGGGCAAGACAAGAAGGGAAAUGACAUCAUGUAUGACCUUGAGAAGAAGAUCAAUGGGGCUGUGUUUCCAUCCCUCCAGGGCGGGCCUCACCAACACCAGAUUGCUGCCAUAGCGACAGCCAUGUUGCAGGCCCAGUCUCCGGAGUUUAAGGAGUACCAAUUACAGGUAGUUGCCAACGCAAAGCUUAUGGCAGAGGAGCUGGUUAAGAAGGGAUACCACGUCAUCUCAGGGGGCACGGACAAUCACCUGAUUCUGAUGGAUCUCAAACCUAACGGCACAGACGGAACCCGGGUUGAGCGCGUCUUGGAGCUGGCCUCCAUUUCAGUGAACAAGAAUACAACUCCUGGAGAUAAAAGUGCCUUCACCCCCGGCGGUCUCAGGAUUGGUACUCCAGCGAUGACGUCUCGAGGUUUCAAGGAGGCUGAGUUCAAGCAAGUGGUUGACUUUCUGGACGAGGGUGUCAAGAUCAGCGCAGACAUGCACCAGAAAACAAAAACUGUUAAGGCCUUCAAGGAGUACGUGGUCCAGGACAAUGCGGACACUGCGAAGGUGCACAGUCUACGAGAACGCGUUGAAAAGUUUGCAUCGUCAUUCAGCAUGCCUGGGCUUGAGGACCGAUAAUCUGUGAUUACUCAGGGAGCUUAUUUAGGGGUUAAAAGAAAGAAGGGUGCUAAGCAUUAGUAAACAAAUAAAUUAUUUGAAAUUAUUGUUUUUCUUUCACCUGUUUACUGGUGCACAUGGCCAAAUUGCUUUCUCUACCUAGAUUUUAAGUUUUCUAAACAUGAUUUAGUGGGAAAAAAAUUAUUAUAUCAAUUAGCUGUCCGAAUAAGGGCGUUUAUAGUUGUUAUUUUUCUGUUAUUUACAAAUAGGUGUAAUUAGAGAAAUAAUUGGUAUUUUUAUUGAUCAAAGCAAUAUUUUUAGGGUUAUAAUUGAGCAUAUAUUUGUCAACAACUGUAAUAUGGAGGCCUGUUUUGCAGUAUUUUUCUUUUCCUCACCAUUUUUGGAGUGGGGUUGGGAACUUUUUGCUUGGGAAAAAUGCGUUAGUUUUUACUUAAAUUGGAAUUCCAAUUUUGCCUAGAAAUGAACAAAAAUGUCUUAAAAUACAGGCAGAAAAUGUUAUAAGUUUCUUAAUGAAAUGACCUUCUCUUUCAAACAAAACGAACAGUUUGGGGUCCAUUUUUUGGGAAUUUUAUUUUCUUGGGUGGGAAAAAAAUGUUCGUUUUAGCAUUGAGAAAGGGACCAACUUUCAGCCCAAACUUGGUCAGAAAAAAACACCAAAUUAUUAUAUGUUAUAAUAUAUUUUUGGUACCAAAUGGCAAUAUUCUUCUUGUCCUGAAAAUAAUUCAUUCAUGGGACUUAUGGUCCCUUGGAAAAAAAAAUGAAUGAAAUAUUUUUAUGAUUUUUGCUCAAGAAUUUGAAUGUGUCAACUUUAGCAUUUGCCUUCAAGAGUUUUAGCAUUCCUUAAAACCUUAAAAUCUUAUGAUUUUUUAAAAAGUGUACACAGAUUUUUAAGAAUUCAUUCCUGUCAAAAUACCUCGAGCAAACAGUUACAGACAGAUUAUUUAUUUAUUAAUCUUAUGAUAAUUUUGAAAAGGUAAAAUUAUCCUUGUUGAAAACAACAAAAUGCUACCAUAAAUAAAAUAUUUAUUUUUUUAUUCGUUCUUAUAUAUUAAUAGUGCAAAUUGAUGAAUCUCAAGUAAAGACAAGGAUAAUAUCUCAGUUUUAAAUAUUUUCACAGCUCUGUGUUGGCACGGACAUACAAACCAUGGAUUGGAAGCUUUCAUAUCUAUAUAUAGAUUAUUUUGAAUGUUCGCAAGCAGCGGUAUUUCAUCCGACAUCAUAUUCACGAUAGUAUUUUAAGAAGAAAAUUGCUUUAUAAUUACAGAGCGGGUGCUUUUUAUUCUCAGUAAACUAUAUUGUUUUGCUGUUAUCGGGCAGUUUGUAUGUCCCUGUCUUUGCAUAAAAAAUAUUGCGCCUGUUAAAACAUUUCUUAAUUUUUAAAUAAUUAAAAUUUAAAUUAGUAAAUAACGUUUAGAAAGAACACAAAGAUUAAUUACGAUUUACACGGAUAUAUAAAUGGUUUGAAUGUACAUGCUAAUUAUCAGAAGAGCUAAAAGACAGCCGGAUUAUUCCUGGUUGAAAAACUGGCAGAAUUUCUGCAUACUUGCCAAGCCCGCAAUAAGAAUCGUGGGUGUAUUAACUCUCAUGAUUUCACCGAUAUCAGGCAGUUUUCCAAUCCAUGGUUUAUGCGUUCGUGGUUAUUAAUUACUGGAACUAGAUGGACUUGUUUUAUACCACAUGUUCUCUGUAUUGUGAAUGUAACAUUUUAUCACAUGUAGAAAAUACAUGUAUGUAUUUGCUGUUAAGAUCUGUUGUUCUUUAUAUCAGAUAUUGCUGUGAUACUCGUUGUGGUGAAUAAAGCAAUUUUUUGUGAAAUGUA